CGAAUUAACUUCGCAGAUCACGUAAGAAUCCAUGUAACCUAAAAUAGUUUAGUUUAACGUUAAAUAACGUUCAAUAUCUAUCUGAAAGCAUGUGAACAGCAGCCUGCUAGUUCAGAGGAGCAGUGCAUCGUCGUUAGCGCUGUUUUACUGGCUAGCAGACACGUUGUAUGUUGUGUUUAGCAAGUUAACUUCGCAAUCCAGAUUUGAGUUUCAGAAUGAAACAAUGAAAUGCAUUGUUUCUGCCUGGAUAGCUGGAGUGGUUAGCUACCAGCAAACAGAAAGGUUCGGUCCAGUGUAAAUAUUUUAUUCCCAUCGAAAAUAGUGAAAUUCUAAGGAGGGUCGGAGUUCUUCUAGGUCAUUUUAGGUUUGUUUCCUCGCGACUGUCUCCAAAGCAGAGAGCAACACAUUUAGGUGCACACUUUGGAACCUCUAUCCAAUGAGAGACCAGCAGAGGUGAUGCCCGUUGUGCUGUCCGGUCAGGCGGAGGCAUAGCCUAAGGUUUAGUUCUGAGAGGUGGAAAAUGAUGCAGCCGGAGGUGUCCUGCUGGGUGUAGCUACAUGGGUCAUGGCCUUCUGCAACAGCCUCACUGAGACACAACAUGGGGAAACUACAGAGCAAGAUCCGACGCCGCUCGGACCUGUACAGGACCAACCGAGAGGAAGGGGCGGAGAGUGUUCCUGCCAAUCAGGUGGUGCAGUAUGAGCCCGCCCACACAGAUGCCAUUAAUUGUGUCACCACUAUUUCCCCUGACCUGUGUGUGUCUGGGGGAAGUGACCAGGCUGUUGUUGUGUACAACUGGAGAGCUGGGAAGCUGCAUCGGUCACUGCAGGCCCACACCAAGGAGGUCACCAAGGUAAAAUGUGUCUCUGGAACAAACCUGAUCUUCAGCGCGUCCCGCGAUAAGACUGUGCUGAUGUGGGAUCUCUACUCUGGGGAAAAACCCCUGCAGGAGUUCUGCGGCCAUGAGCUGGUGGUGAACGGACUGGACGUCAGUCCUGAUGUGUCAAAGAUAUGCACCGGGUCCCGGGAUAACUCCAUGUGCUUGUGGGACAUCGAGUCUGGGGAGUGUCUGCAGAGGAAGACUAUCUCCCGGAACCUGGUGACUCAUGUGUGUUGGGUACCUGGGGGGACCUCCAUCGCACAGACCUCAGAGGACAAAACUAUCAAGGUGUGGGACAGCCGUAGCUGGCAGAUCAGUAACACGUUCCCGGCGAAGCAGUACAUCCAGACCCACUGCGCCGUCAGCGCCAACUCCAACUACCUGCUGAGCAGCAGCAACGGCUUCGGGGGCCAGGGCUGCGAGGCCACGCUCUGGGACCUCAGGCAGCCAGGCUGUAAGGUUGUGGAGUACAGGGGUCACCUGCAGACCACGGCCUGCUCCAUCUUCAUUCCCGGCAGCCAGGGGGCGACCCCCAUGGUGGCCACUUCCUCACACGACUGCUCUGUCAAAAUCUGGGACCAGAACACUGCAGCCUGUCUGUGCACGCUGGUGCUGGCCGGGUCCGGUCCGCUGGCAUCGUUGGCACCGUGCGAUGGCGGCGGCGGUCUCCUGUGCGCCAGCUUCAACACGGGCAUGCACCUGCUGCACCUGAGCCAGGGGGCGGGGCUUCAGCUGUGCGAGGUCGCCAGGUUCUGACCCCGCCCGGCCCCGCCCCGGCCGUCUCCUGGCCUCCUCAGCAUCGCUCUGUAGCGCCGCGUGGUCGCCGUGGGAACCGAAAGGAUGGAGCUUCCGCGAAUUCCGCGCGGAUGCCGUGGCUUAGGACCACAGCGCCCCCCGACUGCAGCCGGGUGAAGCGCAGCGGUAGCAGACGUGGGACUAAAUGAUCAUUUUAACCCUGGUAGAAACCCUGGGGACUGAAGAUUUUGAGCCUGUGAUUGGCUGAACUCAGGGCAUGUCUCAAAAUGGCCGACAGCCUGGGUCCAACGUUCCUUUUUUCUACCUGUCAGUCAGUUCCCCCUCUUUAAAAGAGCACCCGUAGAGCGUAAACGGUAUUUUGUUGUACCUGUGAGGCAUUGUUGUUCUAUUUUGAAAUGCUUGAUCUGUGUUUCAAAAAAUUGUCAGGACUCUUACAGCUUUCUGAGUAAUAAUUUGACCCAGGUCUGGUUGGUAGUGUUAGGUAGCUGCUUGUACCUAAACUUUGGGGAAUUUGGCAAAAGAGAAACAAGAGAGGUGGCCUGUCUGGGAAGUGACAUCACAAUGAACGGUCACAUGAAACGAAGAGCACUCCGGAAAACAUGGAGCCAGUCCCAGAAUGCACCUGGAACGUGUUUAGUGUUUGUCAUCACUACUCAGGGCAUGGAGAGAGUGGGUCUGUUAAUACGUUGUUUAGACGUUGUGUGAAUGUUGUGCGUGACGCACACCCCCGGUACUGGGUAGUUACGGGGAAGACCGUUUCUCCUGUUUUUGUCGUUGGUUGUUAGCUCGCCCUCAAAUGGUUGUUUUAACAGCACCUGAAACCUUUUCUCCCAGUGGACUCGGAACGAGAGGUUCUGAGUGAGCAGCGCACGACGGUAUCGGAAAGCAUGUCUCUGACGCUGCUGCAGCGACUGCAGAAACUGCACUGGAGGGGAAAGGGCUACCUUGGUUCGAUCGGUGUGCCAUGUACGCAGAGUCGCCGCUCUGCUCGCCAGGGCCCCGUUUGUCCUUUCCACACGCGUGUGUUUUGUGUUUGUCUAAUAAAUGCGCUGUUUUUGUGUUAGUAAA